AUGGCCGGGGAGCGCAUCAGGUUGUACGUUCGCGGGUCGAUCCUGGGCUUCAAGAGGUCCAAGUCGAACCAGAAGAGCCACACGAGCCUCAUCAAGGUGGACGGUGUCGAGUCGCGGGGCGAGGUGGACUUCUACCUGGGCAAGCGGAUCGCCUUCAUCUACAAGGCGAAGACGGCGAAGAAGGGCACGUACUACCGCUGCAUCUGGGGCAAGGUGAUGCGCGCCCACGGCAACUCGGGCGUCGUCAAGGCCAAGUUCCAGAAGAACCUGCCCCCGACGUCGAUCGGCGGCCGCGUCCGGGUCAUGAUGUACCCCUCGCGGAUCUAG